AAUAACGACACAACAGCUGCAACUUACAGAGUUAGCGCCCAGGGCGCCCACGCACCCCUUCCCAGGCCUGGACCCAGAGGACAUCUGAUGGGCGCUUAGCCCGGCAAAGCCUCCUCCCAAGACUGAGGUUACCGGGAGUGGUGGGGGGCAGGCCUUGCCACGGAACAGAAUGGGAGGGGAGCUCAGAGACAGACACCCUAGCCUGGAAGGGUCCCCACCACUGACCUGCAAGGGGGUGGAGGCAAGUGGCGUCCCCUGGCUUGAAGAGGCAUCCCGGCCGGGGCUCAGGCCGUGACGGUCCCAGGGAAGGGAGCGAAGCCUCUGGACGGUCUGUCUGAGCUGAAACCUGGGGGCGGGCCCGGGGCUGAGACUCGUUGGUUCCUUCAGUCGGGUCCUGGGGCGGGGAGCGAGCCCCGCGCGACCUGCCCGCAGCCCCUCAGGUUGAGGGCGCCCGACCCCCACGCCCUGGGCUCUCCGCCCACCCCGCCCCCACCCCCCGGGGGGCGGGACGUCACAAAGGCCCGCGGUCCCCAUGGCAACCCGCGGAACGCCGCGGCGCAAGGCUGGGCACGCCGGCUCAGCGCACAGUCGGCAGCACUGCUCCGCCCGCUGCACGACGAAAGGCAUUGAGCUUGCAGGUGACAGGCUGGACCCGGACAGAAUGAAGCUGGACAGCCCUCAGUGCCUCCUGGACCAGGAGGAGGCGGGGGAGGCCGGGGAUCGACAGCUGCUAGAGCCCGAGACGUGGCGGACGUACGCGGAGCGCCGCAUCGCUCUGCGCAAGUUCCUGACCGCGGACCUGAGCCCCCAGCUGCUCAAGCGCCACCACGCCCACGUGGAGCUCCUCAGGAAGUGCUCCUACUACAUCGAGAUCCUCCCCAAGCACCUGGCGCUGGGCGACCAGAACCCGCGGGUGCUGCCCACCACGUUCCAGUUCAUCGAGCCCCAGAAGUUCCAGCGCAUGAAGAAGGUGGGCGCGACCCAGGCCAAGAUCCAGCUCCUGCUGCUAGGGGAGCUGCUGGAGCAGCUGGGCCACGGCCGCUCUGAGCUGGACGCCCUGCUCGAGUCACCGGACCCUCAGCCCUUCCUGGCAGGCUGGGGGCUCGUGGAGCAGCGGCUGGCAGACCUGUCGGCCGUCAUGGAGAGUUUCCUGGCCACGAUGGUGCCAGGGCGUCUGCACAUCAAACACCGCCUGGUGUCUGACAUCAACGCCACCAAGAUUCCCAACCUCCAGGUCACGCUGAGCGCCAAGACGCCCGUCACGUUCGACCGCAAGGAGUCGGUGGCCCACGAGGACUGGGCCAGCCUGCGCUGGUCUGUCACGCUCCAGCCGGCCACGCCAGAGCAGUUUGAGCUGCGCUACAAGCUGCUGGACCCGCAGACACAGCAGGAGCGCGUGCAGUAUAGCAUCAUCCCCGUGGCCGCCUACGCCUUCGACGUCCCCAACCUGCUGCCCAACCGCUCCUACGAGUUCACCAUCAAGAGGGUGGAGGGCUACACGCUGGUGUACGAGCCCUGGCUGGACAGCCUCACCCUGCAGACCGGGCCGAGGGCCCUUGAAGGGCCCGCCCCCCGGCGGCUGGGCAAGCUAGGCCCGGCCCUGACCACACCUUCCUAGAAAUGGCUUUUUAAUACUUACACGCUAAUAAA